UCGAGUAAAGGCUGUAGAAUCUGUUCAGAGGGUGUCUCUUCAUUACUGUCCAGACUCUCCAGAGCUGAAGAACUGAGGGAAAGUGAAGGAGAAGCAGAGCAGGAUCAGGAUCAGCAGUGUUUAGUGUGUAAUGGAUGACAGAGAAGAAGAGACUGACACGUUUGAGCCCAGUCUUCCCGAGGAGGGUCCGUCUGCUCCUCCUAAAGGCUGGCUGGAUCCUGUGAUGGGAUACGAGGAACACCCGGGCGGAGACUGUACAGAUCAGAUCUGUCCACCUCCGCCUGACUUUGUCCCUAAACCUGAAAAUGACAAGAAUGCCUCGGUCCCAAAUGUCAUGGUGCCGACCGUCUCAGAGGAUAUAGCGAGAGACGCUCUUCUCCAGUUUGUGGGUAAAAAAUGGACAUACAGCAGCAAACCUGCUAAAAAUCUGAUCUUCAAAGAGCUGAAGCCGUUCACGGUUUACCGUUACCGCUUGGAAACGUUCACUGAGUCUCGAUCAAGCGCCUGGGAGUCGGAGCCGCACUCAGGUCAGUGUGUGGACGGGCCUCAGAACGGAGCGAGUCCUCCUCCGUGGCACGUCCAGGUGUCGUACCCGCCCAGGUUCACGGACGCCGUUCAGAAGGUCAGGGUCCCGCACUCUUCCUUCAUAAAGCCCUGCCACCGUUGUCACGGUAACGGCAGAGUCAGGUGUACCCACUGCCGAGGACGAGGCCGGACGCGCUGCAUGUUCUGUCACGGCUCGGGUCACAGUCGUAACCGGAGGUGUACAACCUGCCACGGACGAGGGAGGAAGAGGUGUGUUUCCUGUCAUGGAAAGGGUUACAAAGGCUGCCAGACGUGUAACGGUCACAGAAACCUGGUUCAUUUCAUUCAGCUCACGGUGACAUGGAAGACGCAGGUGUUUGUGUUUAUCCCCAGCCGGGUGCCCGAGUUCCCGCUCAAGAAGUUUGAGAAGGUGUCUGGAGAAGCCUUCUUUGUGGAUGAAAGCCUCCUGGUUUAUCCAAUAGAGGGCUUUCCUGACCGGGACGUCUGCGACGCCUCAAAAGAAGCCAUUCAGAAUCACCUGCUCAGAUAUUCAGCUGAGAGCCGCAUCCUGCAGCAGCGUCAGACGAUCGAGCUGGUUCCUCUCACUCAUGUUUAUUACUCGUACAGCGGGAAAGACUACGAUUACUUCGUGUUUGGUCAAGAGAACAGAGUCCACACCACCAAAUACCCCUCUUCCUGCAGCAUCUUAUAAUAACUGUUCUGUGUCUCUUGUCGACAAGAUGUAAAUACAGUCUAUAUGUAUCAUGUCAUAUGUUUUUUAUCCUCUUCUCGUAUAACAGCAUGUUUUCUACAACUGUUUUAUUUCAUUCUGUAUGUUAAAUAUACAAAUAUUAAGUAUUAAAAUUCAUCUCAGUACAGUUUAUUUUGGUUCAUUUUUGCCAUAAAAGUGCAACACGUUUACAGAUGUUCUUGAUAAAUGUCUAAUACAGGACUUUUGCUCAUUUGAAAGGACUUUUCUAGGACAAACAUGCAUUUUACUGUAUGGGGUAAGUUGUCACAGUGGAAACCAACCAGCCCUGAAAGAAGGAGACUAAUUAAUAAAGACUAGUUAAUAAAGCUGCAACACUCCUAAAAUACAGCUAUGAAAAAUAGAACAUUUUACAAAAAAAAGAUAAGUCAGGGAUGUUUAAUGAAGAGAGUG